CAACUGAUGUAGAUAGUUCAGAAAUGGAACAUGCUAGCCAGAUUAAAGCUGAGAACGGUGACGUCGAGCCAGCAAGUGGUCUUAAAGGAAAUGUUGAAGAGCUGGAUUUUGCUUCAUCACUACAACUAGAAGAAGGUGGUAAACUGAAGGAGUCCAAAACAUUAGAUACUUCUGAAGAGUCAAUCAUCGAUGAAUCUGAUAGAGUUAGAAAGAGGGGCAUUCCUCCACCUGGACUCGGUCAGAAGAUUUACGAAAUAGACCCCCUUUUGACAAACCAUCGUCAACACCUUGAUUACAGGUUUUCAGAGUACAAGAAAAUGAGGGAGGCAAUUGACAAAUAUGAGGGUGGUUUGGAAGCUUUUUCUCGUGGUUACGAAAAAAUGGGUUUCACUCGUAGGUAAUAACUGCUUUCUAUCUUAUUUAAUUUUCUUUCUGAAGGU